CAAGUCAAACCUUUUGUCUCCGAGCCUCUUUCUCGAAAGCUUCUCUCCAUACACGUAGAUGCUUUGCUUCAACACACCAUCUCUCACAUGUGCUUUUUUUUAUUCACUUUGAACACGUAUCUAGUUUGGGUUUAUGUUCACACCCUCCAACUGUUUGAUUAAAUGCCCCACUGAGUGAAACCUCACACUUUUGUGAUUUUAUCACUGGUUUUCCUUUUCUCUCUCUUCUUCUGGGAAAAGGGUCUCUGAGAUUCCUAUUUGUGUUCUCAUUUGAGGAUCAAAGAUGGGUUCUUGUUUCAGCGUUGGAUUAAAGAUUGAAAGCUCACGUUUAGAUGGUAAGGUGACAUCUGCUUCAGUACCACCAAGCCCCAGGAGUCAAACAGAGAUUUUACAAUCAGGAAAUCUGAAGCCCUUUAGUUUUAAUGUUCUUAAACUGGCCACCAGAAACUUCAGACCGGAUAGUGUUCUGGGUGAAGGCGGGUUCGGGUCGGUUUUCAAAGGGUGGAUCGAUGAGCAAUCUCUUGCAGCUGCCAAACCGGGUACCGGCACUGUUAUUGCUGUAAAAAGAUUGAACCAAGAAGGUCUGCAGGGUCACCAAGAAUGGUUGGCUGAGAUUAAUUAUUUAGGGCAGCUAAAUCAUCCAAAUCUUGUGAAGUUGAUUGGUUACUGCAUAGAAGAUGAUCACAGAAUGUUGGUGUAUGAAUUUAUGCCUAGAGGCAGCUUGGAAAACCAUUUGUUUAGAAGGAGUUCUUACUUUCAACCGCUUUCUUGGAACUUAAGAAUAAAGGUUGCUCUUGGUGCUGCAAAGGGGCUUGCUUUCCUUCACAGCCCAGAAGCGAAAGUGAUAUAUCGUGAUUUUAAGUCUUCGAAUAUCUUGAUUGAUUCUAAUUACAAUGCAAAACUUUCUGAUUUCGGGUUGGCAAAGGAUGGACCGGUGGAUGGAAAGAGUCAUGUGUCUACUAGGGUUAUGGGCACAUAUGGUUAUGCAGCUCCUGAAUAUAUGGCCACAGGUCACUUAACCGCAAGAAGUGACAUAUACAGUUUCGGGGUGGUCCUACUAGAAAUCUUGACAGGGAGGCGGUGCAUAGACAAGAACCGCCCAACCGGUGAGCAAAUACUCGUCGAGUUUGUCAAACCCUACUUAACCAGCAAACGAAGGAUUCUUUACAUCAUGGACCCACGGCUAGCCGGGCAGUACUCACCAAACGUUGCCAUGAGAGCCGCUAUGCUCGCCACCAAAUGCCUCUUGAAGGAGCCCAAACACAGGCCCACUGCCGAUGAGGUGGUCAAAGCGUUGGAGCAGCUUCAGGAUUUGCAAAAAGCUGCUGAUGGUUCAAGAAGAGAACCGGUUCGGAAACAUGGGGAGGGAAAGCCCGUUUCUUAUCCGAGACCUGCGGGUUUGGGGUCUAGUAGUGGUAAGAGUUGAGAAAGGAUGAGGGAUUAUGUUGUAGAGUUUUGACAUGUACAUUGUGCUGUGAAUGUGAAGGAGUAAUUAGGGUUUAUUGAUUAUGUGAAGUGUUGGAAUCCCAAUUGGAGGGGUUUUGUUAUUGUUGGAUCAGAUUUAUUUUGUGUUGGGUGGAUCAGUUGCACUUACAUGGAAAUAGAUGGGACUUUGUGUAAUAUAAGGUCAAUUUUAUAUGUACUUUAAUAUCUUAUAUAAUGAAUAAAAAAGUUAUAAUAUCAAA